CGCUGCACUUCAUAAUGGCGAAGGCUAAGGGCACCGGUGAGGUUGGAAGGCAGCUGCGCACAGACCUCCGCUUACAGCAGUGGCUGCUGCGGUUCGUGGGGGCGUGGGCGCCACGCAGCGGGGCGUCGACGUCUGUGUGGUCGUCACUGUACGGCACGUACUCUGGCUGCGUCGUGGUGAUCCUGCUGCUGUUCGUGGCAAGCCUGCUGUUCGCCAUGGUCCACUACUGGGGCCACAUGCUGGGCGUCACCAUGAACGCCUGUCUCAUGUUCACCUACGUCAUGAACAUCAUCAAGAUCGUCGCCUUCCUCAGAAUGAGACCCGCUAUCGACCAGUUCAUCGAUGAACUCGACAGCUGUAUGCAGGAGUACGGGCAGGAGCUGCGAAGCCAGAAGGCGGCCGUGUUCCAGUGGACAGCUCUCAAGAGCCGGAUAGUGUCUGUGGCGCGGCUGUCGGUGACCGCCAUGGGCUGCGUCUACUGGGCGGUGAUGCCCGCCGUACGGGCCGGCGCCUGCGGCCACACCGUGGAAUGCCGGGCCAGCGUGGGACUGCCGGCCCACGUCUGGUACCCCUUCUCCUACACCGUGUCGCCGGUCUACGAGGUGAUUUACGCGGGUGUGGCGGCUGGCUUGAUGUACGGCGCUCUGUUGUCGUCCAUCAUGGACGGCUUCCUGGUGUCGCUCUUCAUCUACAUGGCAGGCCACCUGCAGCUGCUCAAUCUCAUGCUGCGCAGCAUCAGCGGGGAUCACGCGGAGGAUGACGAAGACGAGGACCACCACGGCAAUAAGCGUCGUGACGUGGCAGCUGGUAGCAGCUUUCAUCAGGAGCAGCUCAUGAGAUGGCGGCUCGCCCAGUGCGUCACCUACCAUUGCCGUAUCGACAUGGGUGUACAGCGUCUGAGUACGUUAUUUGGACCAAUCCUGCUGGGGCAAUUCAUGAUGGACAUCAUAGCAAUCAGUGCCACAGCCUUCGUCGCCAUCGCUAAGGGUUCCGAACCAGAGUUGCCUCCGUAUGGCCGAUUUACGGCGUUACAUUAA